UUCAUUAUUUUUAUUAACCCUGUGAUUCUAAUUUUCAAUUAUAUUUAUCCAUAAUAGUGGGACUCUUUCGCAAGGUUAAUCGGGAGAGCUCACUCUAAUUAGUCGGGGUCUCUCCGAAAGUUAAGCGGAGGGCUCACACCUGGACACAUAGCUGCCAAAUUCUUGAAGAAGAUGAAACCGCCGGUAAUAACUUCGCAACCUGUAGCUACUACUGAAUCUCCAAAGCUAAGGUUCGUCAGCAAAUGCCAAGUAGAAUCUCCAGGGCGAUUGACACAUGAGGGUAAGUCUUUUUCAUUUAUGUUUGAUUCAGGUGCAGAAUGUUCUCUGAUUAUGAAAAAAUUAGACAAGAAAUCAUCUCUAAGCUGACGAGUGAACCUAUAUUAAUGAUUUUCAACCCAAAAUAUCCUAUCGAGGUACACACAGAUGCUAGUUCUUUAGGGUACGGUGCUAUAUUACUGCACAAAGGGAAACCCCGAGCUGUUGCCUACUAUAGCAGAAGAACUACUGAUACAGAAUCUCGAUACCACUCAUACGAAUUGGAAACGUUAGCAGUUGUGAACGUAAUUAAGCAUUUUAUUUGCUUCUUGCAAAGCCAUACUUUCACUGUAGUAACUGAUUGCUCAUCAUUAAAGGCGACCGAAAACAAAAAGGAUUUGAUCCCCAGAGUUCAGCGAUGGUGGGCAUUUUUGCAGGCUUUUAACUUUAAAUUCGAGUAUAGGGGGGCAAAACGUAUGGCUCAUGUUGAUUACCUUUCGCACCAACCUCGUGCAGGGAACUCAAACAUUGAAUCAUCCCAGAAUUUAUUACAUGUAAAAGGCAAAUGUAACUUCAUCGCUGAUGGUAACCUGACGAAAUCAAAAUGUGUGAACUCAUCAAAAUGGAGAUCACCGCAAUCCGAAGAGUCAAAAAAUUUGUUGACUGUUUUCGACAUUGCGCUUCGGAACGAACAAAAACAGCGAGAUGAAGAGAUAAAAGAGAUUUUGAAUCAAUUUCCCAAUAAUUCGGCAAACGAAAAUUUCAGGCAAACGUAUGAAAUUAGGUCGGGUAUUCUAUAUCGGUUGGGAAAAGACCCUGGAAAAACUGUACGAGAUGUACUGGUUCAAGGGCAUGUCCAAAUAUGUACGGAAAUUCUGUGAAAACUGUGAAACGUCGUUC